AUGAAGAUCAAAGUGAGGAAAGACGAGGGGCGGAGCCUCCAAUGUGGGAAAACAUUUGCUUCUAAGAGGAAUUUGAAACAACACAUGAAAACGCACACUGGAGAGAAGCCUUUUGCCUGUGCCGAUUGUGGUCAGAGAUUCUCUCACAAGGAAAGCUUAAAAAGUCACACAAGGACACACACUGGUGAGAAACCUUUUGCCUGCUCAGUUUGUGGUCAAAGAUUCUCUCAUAAGGGAACGUUACAAAGUCACACAAGAACGCACACUGGUGAUAAACCUUGUGCCUGCUCAGUUUGUGGUCAAAGUUUCUCCCGGAAGGGAACCUUAAAAAGUCAAACAAGAACGCACACUGGUGAGAAACCUUUUGCCUGCUCAGUUUGCGGGCAAAGAUUCACUCGGAAGGGACACUUAAAAAGACACACAACAACACACACUCGAGAGAAACCUUUUUCCUGCUCAGAUUGUGGGCAAAGAUUCACUCAGAAGCGAUACUUCAAAAUACACACAAGAACACACACUGGAGAGAAACCUUUUUCCUGCUCACAUUGUGGUCAAACGUUCUCUGAGAAGGGAACCUUAACAAUACACACAAGAACACACACUGGUGAGAAACCUUUUUCGUGCUCAGAUAGCCAGAUUGUUAUUGGAGAAUCUUCUCCAAUAACAAUCUGGCUUGGAAUCCCAAGUCUGUUGGUGGGAAUUGUCGAUGAAAGUUUCAGUCAGUUUCAUCAGUUCAUGCACCAAGGAUGAUUGUAUUUGAUGUACAUUCUUAAAGACAUCCCGUGGACAGGUGUUGAGAAUUAGCACUCAUGCUGAAACACUUGUAGCAAUACAUCUGCCUUGUGUGAUGUGUCUGUAAUUUGUAUGUCAAAUAAGCAAACCAUUUAUUGAAAUAGACGGUGAGGAAACUUGAACUCUUUGGGCCUGCAACUGCAUAUGUGACCAUGAAAUAAAUGACAUAUAUUUUGUAAUGCAAUGUAUUGUAGUGCUCGAUUUGUUUCUAAAUACUUUAAAUACGUUUGAAGGUAAGUGCUGAAAACAUCUGCAAUGACUGAGAACAAUAUAGUACCGUGGCUGCCGAAGGCUGCAACUCGCAACGUGUGCAACUUUGCGUGAAUUAUGGGCGCGACUUCCGGUUUGAGCAGACCGGCACUAUGUUUAAAUGUAACACACCUCUGAUGAUGUAUGAUACUUGUGCUUCAUAAAAAACGUAUGCAUAUAUACAGUACUUACAAUUCAUGCUUA